UGCAAAUCGAGACCGACAAAUCGCUACGGAUUUCUCCAGCCGGGACAAAAGACGCACAUCAUGCUGAAGAUUCAGCUCUGUACGGCCUCGAGGGACCCCAAUGUUGAAUUUAGGACACUCUCGUCACACACAUGAUGAUGCGAUGUUCCGUUCUCCGAGUCUCAGUCUGGGUAUCCUGCGUGGGAUGAUGGAUCUUCCCAAUCUCUCACCAACUAUCAUGCCAGGCAUUGCGAUACUCGGUGCAGGCAUAUUUGCCAAAGAAGCCCAUCUCCCCGCCCUUCACAAACUCGGGUCCAAGGCCCCUCCCCUCCUGGCAGUCUACUCUCGCUCCGAGAAAACCUCGCGUGAGUGUGCCGAAGCCGCCGCAGAGCUCGGUCUCGGCCCCGCACCUACACCUGCGAUCUACCACGACGCCGAGCCGUCCGUCAAUCUCGACGCCUUGCUCGCACGGGCCGACAUCACCGCCGUGAUCAUCGUCCUCCCCAUCACGCUCCAGCCCGCCAUCGUUCUCAAGGCCCUCGCGGCGGGCAAGCACGUCAUCAGCGAGAAGCCCGUCGCUCCGGAUGUCGCGGGUGGGAUCAAGCUCAUCAAUGAAUACGAGCAAAAGUACAAGCGCGAUCUCGUCUGGCGCGUUGCCGAGAACUUCGAGGCGGAGCCGGGCUACCGUGCUGCGGGCGAGAUGAUCGCGACUGGCAGCAUCGGUCAGGUGAAGCUCUUCAAGGCCAACGUGAGCAACUACAUCGACAAGAACAACAAGUACUACAACACCCCGUGGCGGACGAUACCCGAUUAUCAAGGUGGCUUCUUGUUGGACGGAGGCGUGCAUACCAUCGCUGCACUGCGCGUGAUGCUCCCGGAACCGCUCACCCAUCUCUCCUCUAUCGCAUCUCUCAAUCGCGAGCACCUCAAGCCGCACGACACGAUCCACGCUCUGGCCAGAGCUGGCUCGCAUUUCCACGGCAUCGUCGACAUGUCCUUCGCUUCCCCGACCGCGUCUACGCCGAAAGCCGACGCUUUCGUGAUCACCGGCUCCAAGGGCUGGAUGACGGUCAAUUUUGAGAAACCCGAUGGCAAAAAUACCGUGUUGCGCGUCGUUGUCAAGCGCGCGAUCGAGGUCGAGGGACAGCCGACAGAAGAAGCCGAGGAGGUCUACGAAGUGCCGCAACGCGGGAUCGAAGAAGAAUUUGGGGCGUUCUUCGACGCGAUCGCUGGCAGAGAAAGCCAAGACUUUGGAAGCCCGCUGGGAGCACUGCGAGACGUGGCAUUCAUCGAAGCGGCACUGACGAGCGAAGGAAAGGUCGUCGAUCUCGGUGCGCUGGUGGUUGGCACAGACUGAGGAGCAGGACCUGGAAUCGCUCUGGAUAAAUAUCAAUGUACGAUCGAGCACAUGCUCAAGAUAUUGGAAGCAAGUUCAUGAUAAAGCUACAUAAAUUCACAUCGACGACAACAGCACGUAAA